AGAGGUAUCACGUUCAAACCCAUCGUCGGAGGCCGAUCACAUCUAUCCCUCUCUCAACUUCCAUCUCCUUCGCAUUCAUGGCCUUCUCUAAACUGAAUCUCCAUCAAGCUCUUAAAUUCUCUAUACAUGGAAGACGAAGUAGCCAUCACUUCUUCAUCCAUCGAAGCCGGAAUCGGUUGCUGGGGCCUUCGUUCCAGUGCAGAACAUCUUCGCUACCGUUCAUGCACCUCUCCUCCUCACGGCCUUGUAUCCGUCGUUGGACGCUUCCUUGCUUCCUCCCAACUCUGUGAUUCUUCAUCAUCCUCUGGCUCCGUUCUCUUCUGGUCGUGGAACAAGGUAAAAGUUAGAGUUCUCCAGCUGAAGCAAUUAAUCCUCUUGCUUGCAAUAGUGAUGGCACUUACAUAGUAGGAGGAGGAGUUUCUGGUCAUAUUUACUUGUGGAAGGAAGGGGGAUUUGAUUUGGAUAUGACUUACAUUACUGAGAAUAUAAUUGCUAUGGGAUUUCCUGCUGGUGAUAUGAGCUCAGGCUUCUUUGGAUAUGUUGAGGGAUUUUAUCGUAACCACAUGGAGGAAGUCAUUAGGUUCUUUGAAACAUAUCACAAGAUGUUAGGAUAAGUACAAGGUGUACAAUCUUUGCUCUGAGAGGCUGUAUGAUGCAUCACUAUUUGAAGGGAAGGUUGUUGUUUUCCAUUUGAUGACCAUAAUUGCCCUCCAGUUCAACUGAUAAUAUCAUUUUGCCAUAGUGCAUAUGCAUGGUUAAAAGAGGACAUUGAAAAUGUUGUGGUUGUCCAUUGUAAGGCUGGAAUGGCAAGAACAGGAUUAAUGAUUUCAAGUCUUCUUUUAUAUCUCAAGUUUUUCCCCACAGCUGAGGCGUCUUUAUCAUAUUACAACCAAACAAGAUGUGUUGAUGGACUUGUUCUUCCAAGUCAAAUAAGGUAUGUCAAAUACUUUGAACGUGUUAUGACAUACUUUAAUGGAGAAGAUCAGCCGGGGCGCAGGUGUAUGCUUAGAGGAUUUCGCCUUCAUAGGUGUCCAUAUUGGAUUAGGCCCUCCAUUACUAUCUCAGAUCAUAAUAGUGUUCUUUUUUCCACCAAGAAGCAUCCAAGAACCAAGGAUCUAUCGAAAGGGUAUAAUGGUCUUUGCGCUACCCGGAGAGCCCGGAUUUCUAUUUCCAUGAUCGUCAAGGCGAUUUCUAUUGUUGCAUUAGAUCCAGGAGAACAUGUUUUUUAUGCUAGUGGGAGAGAUGGGAAAAUAUACAUUGCAGAACUCAAUGCUCAAACCACAUCCAACAAUAACAACAACUAUGGUUUGGAUAUCAUUGGCACAUUAUCAGAUCAAAGUAAGGCGAUAUGCUCUUUGGGUUUUGCAUUGGAUGGAUUUCAAUUGGUUGUUGGAUCAGAGGAUGGAAUGGUUCGUUUUUGGGAUACAUAAAAAUGUGGAUGUUCAAACAAAGUUUGAACAACGACUUGCACAAGCAAUGAAUGUCAUUAACACAUUGAGUGAACAUGUCAAAACUUUUAUUAAUCAAUGAUAGAAUAUUAUGUAUCGAAAAGUUUUAUGUUAAAUUUGUAGCGACUUUUUGAUUUUGAAAUAUGUAUCUUUUGAUGUAUUGGAUAUUUCUUUUAGUUUCUAUAGAAAUACUUUGUUAUUUUUUGUUUUA